CAUUCCACCUGCUUUACAGCCAACAGACGGGAACGCGUCCUGGUGAGCUGGACUACAGAAAGAACAUGCCGCGACGGAAACGUCAAAACAAAAAGCCAUCCAAGUCUGCAUCAGAAGACCUGACAAGAAUAAUAGAAAAUGUCGAGUGUCAGUCGGAUGAUGUGGAUGGGGAGAGAGAGUGCGGGAGAGUAAAGAGAGAGGGGAGCGAGUGGGAGACAGAACCAGGGACAAGAGGCACUCCGAUGAGUGAGUGUGAGCGCGUUAGCCUGGUAAAACAGAACGGUCCCACUCUGAAGACGUCCAAACAAGUUCACAUCGUCUUUCUCCCCGACAGAUACCAAACUCUCGUAGAGGUGGAGGACAGCGAGGGAAGAGAGGAGGAAGAGGAGGAGGAGGAGAGGAAAAAAGAGGCGAAGGAGAAGAGAAAAAAGGAGAAACACAAGAAGUACAGAAAGAACGUCGGGAAGGCUCUGCGGUUCGGCUGGCGAUGUCUGGUUGCCGGGUUACAGAGCUUAGCGAGCGGCUAUGCCACACCCCUUUCGGCUGCAGCCACGUUGGUGACGGACGUCCACAGAACUCACCGCUAGGCAUGAUGGGACGGAGGACUAAUAUCUGGGACUGGACACAUACAGUCUCAACUGCAUUUUAUGUCAUUAAUCCAGACUCCUUAACCGUCACCUAAUACAGUAUGUGAUUCUAGUGGUUAAAUCAGGCGGUUGGUUAUGUAAUGUUACCUUCUCCUGUUUAGUUUUACUCUGCUGGCAUCGUCACAUUUGAAUAAUAUUUUUAUGUUUCACAUUGAA